UCUUAAGUAUGGCAUCGCUUCAGUUCACGAAACAUCACUUGGAGUUCAAUACACAUCCAAAUGAAUUACACAGAAAUUAUUACAUCCGAAGAAUUAUUUACGGAAACGAAACACUCAUUAACAUUACGGUUGCGCUUCAGGACAACAAUAAGGCGCAGAUCUAUGUCUCUCUCGACAAGAAGGCAAACAACAAACAGUUCUUUGCCUGCGAUGCCGGCUGUCUGGACGCGCCCGUCAGUUUAAGUCUUAUUCCGAAAGAAUUUCCGGUCAAGAAGACGGAACCGUUGACAGCAAUCCUAUACAUAACACCAGACGAACAACACAUUAAAGAACUAAAGCAUACCAUUCAUGUGAAAGAGAUUGCAGAAGCGCCGGCACACGAACACGAGGUUCUGGCAGUGCAUCGAUUCGGCACCAGUUAUGGCGGACUUCCCACCAUAUUCUGGAUUCUCAUUAUAUUCCUAAUCGUGAUAUUUCACAUAUUUCUG